AUGUACGAGCCGGGAACGGAGCAGAUCAACUGCAACGGCAGACUGAUUGAAUUGCCCACCUUGGAGGUUGUGCGACCAGCCCCCAAAAUGCCCAGCGACGCCAACAUUGAUUGGUUGCUCCACAUUUAUUUUACUCGCCGCGAGUUCACGCGCUGCCGCCGACUCAUCGAACGUGAGCUGAAUCGCCAUCUGAAUCCCGAGUACCUGUACUUUGUCCAGGGCCUAAUUGACCGUGAAGAGGGCAACCACAUCGAGGCGCUCAGGCAUUUGCAGAAAUCCGCGGAGCUCAAUCCCAGGAACAUCGAGACCUACAAGGAAAUCGGCCGUACACUCUACAUAAUGGGCCGUUUUAGCCAGGCUCUGGGCGUUUUCCGGGAGGCGGAACAAAGGAGCAGCCGGCAGGACCACGAGAUAUACCACUACCUGGGCGAGCUGCUCUAUAGAGCGGCCACGACACAGAGUCAAAAGGAGCUGGCCAGCCAGCAGCAGGACGAGGCCAGGACCUACUUUGAGUUGGCAGUGCAGUCCGGCAGGAAACUGGAGAGCUACGUUCGCCUGGCGGAGUUGUAUCGCAAGGACAAGCAGUACCAAAAGGCCAUUGAAGUCCUAGAGAACUGCCUACACUUGACUCCGGAGAACUCGGAGGUGCUGAUUGAAAUCAGCGUGCUGUACCUGAAAAUCAACGAGACGCAAAAGGCUCACGAUCGCUUGGCGGAAGUCGUCAGCAUCGAACGGAAAUGCUCGCCCAAGGGACUUUUGGCCUUCGGCGCCAUUUUGCAGUCGCGCAACGAUGUCGAUGGCGCCCUCAGCAAAUACAGCCAAAUCGCAAACGCCGAGCCGGAAAUUGCCGAGCUGUGGAAUAACAUCGGAUUGUGCUUUUUCAAGAAGCAGAAGUUCAUUGUGGCCAUUUCAUCGCUGCGCAAAUCCGUUUGGCUAUCUCCACUCAACUACAAUGCCCUUUACAACCUCAGUUUAAUCUACAUCGCGUCUGAACAAUACGCCAGUGCCUUUCACACGCUGGCCGCCGCCAUAAACCUGCGCAAGGAUAAUGCCGAGUGCUUCAUGCUCCUGGGCCUUUGUUUGCGAAAGCUGGACGACUUGGAGAACGCGUUCGUGGCCCUCGAAAGGGCCAGCUCCAUGGCAACGGGGCAACAGGGAGCCGGACGUAACCCCUUAGUUGUGCUGAACUUUGCCCUGUUCUGCUACGAAACCGGACGACUGGCCUUGUCCACGGAGCAGUACAACCGGUUCAUGAGCCAGGCCCAGGAUCUGCUGCUGCCAACGGAAUACAAGUUCCAAGCCACCAAGCUGAAGUCCCUGCUGCGAAUCUCGAAUCAGGGCAAUGGCAUCCUGCUGGAUUCCGCGGAUUUGGCGGAAUCCGACUUGGGACAAAACCGGUCCACGGAGCUCCUGCCGGACGAACUGCCACUGGAGGUGAAUGCUGUCGUUAGUCAGAACUAGAUGGAAGCUAGAUAGUAACUGGAGGGUAACUAAAUGGUAAAUAG